GCUCACAACAACACUAUAACAACACACCCGAUUGUCAUCAUCAUAAUCAUCAUGAGCUUCGCUCUGCUGGGUCUGCUCUUUCCACCGGCUUAUUUUACUUCUCUGAUCAAGUGUUUUAAAAGCUGACAAGCUAUAUUAAGCCAAGAGUCGUUCGCUUCUGUCUGAGAUCUUUAGUCUGACAUAUCGGGGACAAUCAUCCACAGUGACAAACGCAACAGCUGUGAUAUGGGGAACGUUUAGAGAUGGAGAAGCAGAUGAGAUGUGGUGAGGAGGACGGUUCUGGGGAGAGAGGACUUCUCCACACGUGGAGGGGAUAUUCCUACAGCACCACACCGGAGAGGGUGCUGCUCUCCCGGCCGGUUCUCCAGGCUGCCGUGGGAGCUAGACAUGGUGUUCUGCUAGUAGAGGGGGGACAAGUCUACAGCUUUGGCGAGCUGCCAUGGAAACAGAACCAAACAUCAUCAGUAGCGACUGAGCCCGUUUUGGAGGCGGUUCUUAGCGAACAACGCAUUGUUUUUGUGGCUGCUGGCUCCGUCCACAGUGGAGUCGUGACAGAAGAUGGAGGCAUGCACAUGUGGGGAGAAAACACUCAUGGCCAAUGUGGCCUAUCAGGACUCUCUGUUAUCCCUAAUCCCACCCCUGUGGGUGUGCUGGACUCUGAGGCCACGCCCCCUCAGACGGUGAAGAUCCUCAAGGUGGCUUGUGGGGAUCAGCACACUCUGGCUCUUUCAGCCAAGCAUGAAGUAUGGGCUUGGGGAAGCGGGUGUCAGCUGGGCCUGAACACUUCAACGUUUCCUGUCUGGAAGCCCCAGAAGGUAGAGCACCUGGCUGGAAGGCACGUGUUGCAGGUGGCCUGUGGAGCCGCUCACAGCCUGGCUCUGGUGCGCUGUCUCCCCCCUCCGCAGGAGCCUCGGAACCCCCCUCAAGACAAGUGCGGUCAGUGCCAUCAGAUGCUGUACACUAUGACAGACAAAGAGGACCACGUUAUUAUCUCUGAUGGCCAUCACUGUCCAGUAGGUGUUGAGCUGGACAGCGAUGAGACCACAUCUGCAUUUGAGGGCAGCCCAGAUCAGAGCUCAAGGGGUAAGCAAGGGAAGAGCUCUCCUACAGAACCUGUUCCAUCCAUGCCAACUCAGAUCCCAAAAUCACCCACUUCCAUCACUAACCCUGAAUCUACACCUCCUCCUGAGAGCAAACCUGCCUCUGAACCACAAAAUGAGGUUCCUGCAUCUAGUCAAGAACCUGUAGAACCAGCCAUAGAAGACUCAGCGGAGCCUGAAGCUCCGCCCACAAAUGGAGAGGCUUAUGUCGAAGCCUCAGAGACCAGCACUCCUGAGCCGGACAGCUGUAGAGCCACAGGGGGGAAGUCCUCCCCAUAUCCCGAUGAGCAGGCAGUGAAGGCCUACCUUAAGAGACUUUCUGAUCAUGCCCUGGCCGAGCACACCACCAAGACUCCCAGCACACUUCAUUCGGCUCAGCUCUCCAGUGACUGUGCUGAUUGUUUCACCUCUGACCCCUUGAUCCCGGUCGCCCAGUCUGUGACUCCAAUGGGCUCCGCAUUGAACAACUUGGUGGUGUCCUGUGCCUCUGCAGUGGGGGAACGUGUAGUGUCCACAUACGAAGCUCUCUCUCUGAGAAAAGUGAUUGGUUACUGGGUUCCAGGAGAGCGAGUAGAGGAGAGACUGCGUCAGGAGGAGCCCAUGCAGGGGAAGAAAAGCUCCAGCCUGGGGGACAUCCGAGAGGAGGAGGCGGAGCUCAGUCGUCGCCUGUCCCUGCCUGGCCUGCUCUCUCAGGGUACACACGCUCUCCUUCUCUUACACCCAGUGUGCCGUCUCCAUAUUGCAGCGUUUGAGGUGAAGGAGUCGGCAUCCAACGCAAAAACUGAAGUGUCUCCACGUCUUUUGCGGCGAACGAGCCGCCACCGUGCACGGGCCAUCCCGCUCGCUCCAGGAGGCAUUCCUGAGGCCGAUGCCCACCUGCCUUCUUUGCAGACAGAAGUGUGGAGCUGGGGAUGUGGCCAGGAAGGGCAACUUGGACAUGGAGACCUCCUUCCCAGACCGCAGCCCGUCUGUGUAAAGAGUCUGAAUGGUAAAGAGGUGUUGAGAGUGGCUGCAGGUGCUCAUCACUCUCUCGCCCUGACCGCCCAAUCACAGGUGUUCUCCUGGGGCUGCAACACUUCUGGACAGCUGGGACACAUGGAAUCCCCCACCACCCUUCCUCACUUAACCAAGCUGUCAGAUGGGAUUCGUGUGUGGGAUAUUGGGGCGGGGCAACAACACACUCUCUUAUUGGCUGAUGGAGAUUGUAUCCAGCCAAUCCUGUACUAUAGUGGGCAGCAGGUGAAAGAAGUGAUGGAGCAAACUGAGGAAGAGGAGCAGACAGGAGAGUACACACAGCAACCGGUGCUGUUGCCUUUUUGUAUGAAUUUGGGGUAUGUAAGCAGUGUGGGCGCAGGAGGACAAACAUGUGCGGCGCUGACAGAUCGCAAUGUAAUGGGUUUUAUUGCCAGUCUGCAUGAGCUGGCGGCCGCAGAGAGGAAAUUUUACUGCAAACUCAGCAAUAUCAAUAGUCUUCUGCUCCAGCCUCUGCUCAAACUGGAUUCCCUAAGCUCCGCCCUCGGUCAGUCCUCUGCAGGGCUUCUGCAGAAUCUGAUUGGACGAUUGGGCCGGCUGUCUCAGCUCACGGGUCAAAACUCGGCCUCUCUAACCUCUUUCCUGCGGCGUUCACGUGAUAUCCGAGGUCUUGUUAUUCUAGAUGAUGCACAUCUGUUCCUGGACACAUAUUCUGAGUACUGUUCUGCAGUUGGUGAUCUCUUAGUCAUGGGAGGAUUUCAAGCCCUUGUCAAACCUUGUCAUGAUGUGUUUGGCAAAGGGGCCGAGGUUGUUCAGAAGUUGUCUGAAUGUUCUGAAGAGGGUUUGCCCUUAGCGGAUGUUCUGGCGCAUCUCUUUUACCUGCCCAUAAAACACCUGCAUGAAUACGGACGACUGCUGCUCAAACUGGCUACCUGCUAUGAGGUGAGUUCUGUGGAUUAUCAGAAGCUGCAAGAUGCCUGCUCAAAAUAUGAAUCCAUGGCUCUUCAUCUGAAGAGGAGGAGGAAGGAAGCCGAGUACACACUCCACUUCUGGAAGAGCUUUCCUGGAAAGAUGACCGACUCUCUUCGUAAACCGUCCCGUCGGCUGAUCUGUGAGAGCAGUAAUAAGGCUUUGACUCUUCAGAACGCAGGCCGUUUUUCCGUCAACUGGUUUAUCCUUUUCAACGACGCGCUGGUUCACGCACAGGGCAUGGUCCCCUAUAAGAGUCUUUUUUCCACUCAUCACGUCUUCCCAUUGGCUACAUUGUGGGUGGAGCCUAUUUCUGAGGAGAACACAGGCAUAUUUGGUUUAAAAGUGACUUCACCUGAAGAGAGCUUCACUCUGCUGGCCUCGUGCCCAGCUGAAAAGGCGAAGUGGCUGCGUUCUAUAAACCAAGCGGUGGAGCAAGCGCUUAGUGGACUGGGGCAUGAUGGGAUACCUCCUUCUACGGGGGUGGCGCAGAGAGCAGAUCCGCCCAUUUCACGGACAGCAUCAUACACAUUCUACAAAGACAGUCGGCUUAAGGAGGCCAUGUAUGAGGGCCGAUGGGUCUCAGGGAAACCCAAUGGGUGGGGCGUGGUCAAAUGGCCCGAUGAACGAAUGUACACAGGGACAUUCAAGAACGGCCUUGAAGAUGGUUUUGGAGAUUACGUUGUGCCUAACAAAAACCUGAACAGCUGUGAUCAUUACCAAGGGCAAUGGAAGGAUGGCAAGAUGCACGGCUUUGGAACAUUCAGAUAUGCCUCUGGUGAAAUAUAUGAGGGUUCUUUCCAAGAUAACAUGCGUCAUGGUCAUGGGAUGUUGCGUAGUGGGAAGCUGAAUUCCACCUCUCCCAGUGUCUUCAUCGGCCAGUGGCAGUAUGACAAAAAAUCUGGCUAUGGAGUGUUUGAUGACAUCACCAGAGGGGAGAAGUACAUGGGCAUGUGGCUGGAUGAUCAGCGUCAGGGGAACGCAGUUGUUGUUACGCAGUUCGGCCUGUACUAUGAAGGUGCUUUCAGCAACAACAAAAUGAUGGGCAAUGGGGUGUUACUCUCUGAGGAUGACACCACAUUUGAAGGGGAGUUUUCUGAAGACUGGACUCUAAACGGAAAGGGUGUGUUGACCAUGCCGAAUGGAGACUACAUUGAAGGCUCUUUUAGUGGAGUCUGGGGAACCGGACUAAAGAUGUCAGGUUCCUACUACAAACCCAGCCUGUACGACUCAGACAAGGAGAAGGAUCAUGCACUUAAACUGGGCAGGUUAGCAGUUCACUCCGAAGAAAAGUGGAAGGCCGUGUUUUUGGAGUGCUGGAACAGGCUAGGCUGUGAUUCUCCCGGACAGGGACAAACCACUACAGCGUGGGACAACAUUGCCGUAGCACUCACUGCUAACAGGAGACAGCAGAGAGACAGUCCAGAGUUGCUGAGUCGCUCUCAUCACAAAACGCUGGAGAGUCUAGAGUUCAUUCCUCAGCAUGUGGGUCCUGUGACGUUAGAGGUGUAUCACACAAUCCGUCGGUACCUUGUCAAGGCAUGUGACACCCCACUGCAUCCUCUGGGUCGGCUGGUGGAGACAUUGGUUUCGGUGUACCGUAUGACGUACGUUGGUGUUGGGGCCAACCGUAGAUUACUGCCCCAGGCUGUCAAUGAGAUCAAGUCCUAUCUCAGCCGCAUCUUCCAGCUUGUCAGAUUCCUCUUUCCUGAUCUGCCAGAGGAAGGAGGUUCACUAGCUGACCCUCCAAAAGCGAAGGGUGGUUCAGACCCUGCUGGGAAGCAGCUGGAGUCUCCUAAACCUGGGUGUGUGGUCAGCAGCUCUGCUCUCCUCCUGCCGGUGCUGUUGCCCCGUCUCUAUCCUCCUCUCUUCACUCUCUAUGCUCUAGAGAAAGAGAAGGAGGAUGAUGUGUACUGGGAGUGUGUGCUCCGACUCAACAAACAACCAGACCUGGCGCUGCUCGCGUUCCUCGGGGUGCAACAGAAAUUCUGGCCUGUGACUGUUACAGUACAUGGAGAAAAACAACAGGUUCUCUCAAGCACUAAGGACGCCUGUUUUGCCUCGGCAGUUGAGACUUUACAGCAAAUAAGCACAACUUUUACCCCCUCAGACAAGCUUCAGGUCAUCCAGCUGACCUUUGAGGAGAUAACCCAGGAAGUUCUCGCACUUCUGAAACAGGAUUUCUUGUGGUCUAUGGAUGACCUUUUUCCUGUCUUCCUCUUUGUUGUUCUGCGUGCACGGAUAAGGAAUCUGGGGUCAGAGGUCAGCCUCAUCGAGGACCUAAUGGAUCCAUGUGUACAACAUGGAGAGCAUGGCAUCAUGUUCACCACACUCAAGGCAUGCUACUAUCAAAUCCAGCAUGAGAAGAUCACGUAAUGAACACAUCUCUCCAAACCCAUCUGGUAAGGCAGUGGAAUGACUGACAAACAGACCGGCCAAUCAAAGUGUUCGAGACAAGGCGCUUGCCAUGAUGUGUGAGGAGCCAAUCACUGGAUCACAUGGCCAGGAAGAGUGAUUCCAUUGGAAUCUGUGCUGUUUAUGUGCAAGUCCGUCUUUGGUUUUGCAUUUAUUAACAUUUGUUCUUUUCAUUUUUGUGUCUUCCUCACUCAGAGGCUUUUUAACCGCUGUCAUUCCAUCAUGUUAAAGAUAUGUUCUCCAGCUCAGUGUUCUUUUAUUAAAGAGCCCGUGCUUUGUUGGCUCAGAAUGAAUGAGGUUCAAGAACAGCAUGUCACGAUCACCUCUCCCUCCAAGCACACACUGGUCAAUCCAGUGUCAGCAGUCGAUCGAUGACAUACGACGUUCAUUAAUGUACUGUAAGCCAUCCGAAAUAAUGGUCAUCUACCUCUGUCUUUGAAGUAAACUACUACAUUAAAUUUCCUGAUCUUAUUACAUCAUUCAGUGCAAACAGCAAACUGCCUUGGACCCAAAUCAUGAAUCUGUUCACAUAAAUUUUAUUAAUGAAUGUCCCAAGAAAGAAACAAAACACAAAAUGUGGACUAACUUUUAUUGUUGACUUCUGAUCCAUUUGGAGCUUUCGUAAGAAACUGGUGACCUGCUUCUUUAUGUAUAAAUCUUUGUUUAGCUUCUUUGUUCAUCCAAAUUGAACUUAGUAUUGAAACGGUUGACACUAAACUGAGAUCAACACACCGACACACACACAUAUAUUUUGUUCUUUCUCUAUGCACUCGCACAGCAGUUUUGUUUUGAUGCACUUCUUUCGGGGAAGUUACGUAUUUUUGUAGUCAGUUUUCUGAAACCGUUCAAGCCUUUAUUUCAGAAAACAUUUGGAAUGGUUUGAAAUUUCCUUUGCAUAUCUGAGUAUCCGUCGGCAAUGUAUGAGUUUUUUAGUGGAUGUCACUGGCACACUGGAACAAGAGGUUGAAGAUCUUGCUCUCUGAUGAGCCACAGCGCUUUGCAUGCUGAACUGAUUUGGUCAUGAGA